CCCUUAUAUUUCUGGGAACUGUUGUAUUUCAAGUUGAGAGAUAAUAUACAUAAAUCACCUAAUAUAGUCUCUGUCACAUAGAAGGCACAAAAUAAAUAUUUGCUUACUUUAGUUCUGAGCCUUAUUUUCCUCAACUGUAAAACAGGAUUAAUACAUACCUCCCAGUGUUGUUGGGAUUACUGAUUCAGAGGUUCUGGAUUCAGACUGCUUAGAUUUGAGUCCCAUUUCUGCCACAUCCCAUCUCUGUGACAUUGGACAAGUCUCUUAAGCUCAUUGGGCUUCUGUUCCAUCACCUGUAAAAAUGAAGUUAAUAAUGGUGGUGUGAAGAUUAGAUGAGCUUAAGUAUGUGAGAUCCUUACAAAAGUGUCCAGCACAUAUUAGGCACUCAGUAAAUGUUGCUUUUCAUUAUUUAAACAAGAAAGUACGUGUAUGGCCUUAUGGCCUUAUUAGCCAUCGUAUCCCCAGUAUUAAGCCCUGAACCUGGCACAUAGCAGAUGCUCAGUAAAUGGUACUUUGUGCUACUUCCACUCUACCACUCACCAUAGUGAAGAAUAAGACUCUGUGUGCACAAGACAGUCACUCAUUAAUGAUUGACUGAAUUCCAUCAGACCAUAGCUGCAAAAAACUAAGUGAUUGCCAAGUCUUGCCCUAGGCAAUGUCUGCUUCACCUCCUGCUGGGGAGGCCAGGCUAUUAAUCCCAGAAAGGUCCGAUCACAUUUUUCUUGGAGCAUCCUCUCUAGAGGACACACAAUCAUUUACUGAUGUUAUUCGGAGGAUCAAAUUCAUUAACUUGUGUAAAGUGCUUGAACAGCUGUGUAUAUUCGUUUCUCAUCCAACAUUAUGUUUAUUUGAGCCACUCAUGUUAUUGUUGCAUGUAGUUGUAGCUCGUUUACUCUCCUUGUAGAUAUCCCAGUGUAUUUAUCCAUCUUACUGCUGUUGAGCAUUUAGGUAGUUUCUAAUUUUGGGUUAUGAAUGAGAGGUCAAUGGAUAUUCUUGUAUAUUUAUCCUGGUAGAGCAAGUCCCUCCAUCUUGUACUUAUGAGUGUCUUGGCUAUUCAUGGCCCAUUGCUCUUCCUCAUAAAUUUUGGAAUCACAUUUUCAAGUUACACACAGGGGUUUUGAUUGGAAUUGCAUUCAAUCUGUAAAUCUGUUUAAGGAGAUUUACCAUUCUUGUGAUGCAGAGUCUCUCCUAACCAUGCAUCCAUACCCCAGUUUACCAAUUCUCCCACGAUGGUGAUCAUGGUGGGUUUACCAGCUCGAGGCAAAACUUACAUCUCCACGAAGCUCACACGAUAUCUCAACUGGAUAGGAACACCAACUAAAGUGUUUAAUUUAGGCCAAUAUCGACGAGAGGCAGUGAGCUACAAGAACUAUGAAUUCUUUCUCCCAGACAACAUGGAAGCCCUACUUAUCAGGAAACAGUGUGCCCUGGCAGCCCUGAAGGAUGUUCACAACUAUCUCAGCCGUGAGGAAGGUCAUGUUGCGGUUUUUGAUGCCACCAACACUACCAGAGAACGACGGUCAAUGAUUCUGCAGUUUGCUAAAGAACAUGGUUACAAGGUCUUUUUCAUCGAGUCCAUUUGUAAUGACCCUGGCGUCAUUGCAGAGAACAUCAGGCAAGUGAAACUCGGCAGCCCUGAUUACAUAGGCUGUGACCAGGAAAAGGUUCUGGAAGACUUUCUAAAGAGAAUUGAGUGCUAUGAGGUCAACUACCAACCUUUGGAUGAUGAACUGGAUAGCCACCUGUCCUAUAUCAAGAUCUUCGACGUGGGCACACGCUACUUGGUGAACCGAGUGCAGGACCACAUCCAGAGCCGCACGGUCUACUACCUCAUGAACAUCCACGUAACGCCCCGCUCCAUCUACCUAUGCCGGCACGGUGAGAGUGAGCUCAACCUCAGAGGCCGUAUUGGAGGCGACUCUGGACUCUCAGCUCGGGGCAAGCAGUAUGCCUAUGCCCUGGCCAACUUCAUUCGGUCCCAGGGCAUCAGCUCCCUGAAGGUGUGGACCAGCCACAUGAAGAGGACCAUCCAGACAGCUGAGGCCCUGGGUGUCCCCUAUGAACAGUGGAAGGCCCUGAACGAGAUUGACGCGGGUGUCUGUGAGGAGAUGACCUAUGAAGAAAUCCAGGAACACUAUCCUGAAGAAUUUGCACUACGAGACCAAGAUAAAUAUCGCUACCGCUAUCCCAAGGGAGAGUCCUAUGAGGAUCUGGUCCAGCGUCUGGAGCCAGUUAUAAUGGAGCUAGAACGACAGGAGAACGUACUGGUGAUCUGCCACCAGGCUGUCAUGCGGUGCCUCCUGGCAUACUUCCUGGAUAAAAGUUCUGAUGAGCUUCCGUAUCUCAAGUGCCCUCUGCACACAGUGCUCAAACUCACGCCUGUGGCUCAUGGCUGCAAAGUGGAGCCCAUCUACCUGAAUGUGGAGCCGUGAACCACGAACCAGCCUGAG